AUGUCCCGAGUGCGGGAAACGAUCCACAAGGGGGAGAAACCAUACACAUGUGCCGAUUGUGGGAGGAGUUUCAGCCAGUGGACAAACCUGAACACGCAUCAGUGGCUGCAUACAGAGGAGAAACCCUACAAAUGCUCGGAAUGUGGAAAGGGCUUCUGUCAGAGUAGCAAUCUGUCUUAUCAUCAGAGAACCUAUGCGGGGGAAAAACCAUAUAAGUGCUCUCAGUGCGAAAAGACCUUAACGUGUGCCAGCACACUUGUAUUACACCAGAGGAUCCAUAGUGGAGAGAAACCGUUUGCUUGCUCGGAAUGUGGUAAGAGCUUUACUCAGCAGAUACAACUAACUCAACACCAGAGAAUCCACACUGGAGAAAAACCGUAUGAGUGCCCAGACUGUGGGAAACACUUCAGGAAGUGGACGAGUCUUACGACACAUCAGAAAGGGCAUACGUUGGAAAAACCAUACAUAUAUUUAGAGUACGGCAAGAGUUUCUCUCAAAAUAGCGGUCUGUCGUACCAUCAGAAAUCUCAUGCUGGUGACAAGCCGUAUAAGUGCUCUGAGUGUACACAAAGCUUUGCUUAUAGCAGUACUCUCACUUUACACCUGAGAAUCCACUCUGGGGAGAAGCCGUUUGCUUGUACCGAGUGUGGAAAGAGCUUUACUCAAUGGAUACACCUGACUCGACAUCAGAGGAUCCACACAGGGGAGAAACCUUACAUCUGCUCAGAGUGUGGGAAGAACUUCUGGCAAUAG